GAUCCCAACAAUAAUAGAGGUGCACGGUCUUUAGUCUAUGUACGUAAGUGAUACAUAUUGUAAUUUAUAAUCGGUUUAGUUAGGUUACUUAUUGUAAUAUUAUCAUAUUGUGUACCAAGUAUGGAUAACCAAAUCGGAAGUUCGGUGGUAACCGAGAAUGUAAGCCAAAACCAACCAUUAAUUAUUACAGGGUUCUUAGGUAUGAUUCCCAUGUUUUCGGGAACUCAGAAUGAUAAUAUAAAUAUAAAACAAUUCUUCAAUACCAUCGAAAAUAUUGCCUGUUUAGCUGGGUGGGGCAAUAAUGUUAAAGUUGCUGUGUUGCAAGCAAAAUUGAAGGGUGAGCCCCUAACUACGUUUAUGUGCCUCCUGGAACAAUAUCCUGGGUCGUAUGAUGAAAUAAAAUGGGAUUUAAUUAAAUGUUUUAGCAAAAAAGAGGACAGUGGUAAAAUUAUAGUUGACCAACUUUUAAACAUAAGACAGAGGAAUGGUGAAUCUGUGACCGAUUUUUCGGUUCGGACGAAGACGUUAUUAGCCAGGGCAGUUAAAGGGAAUAAUAAGUUAAGCAUGUUCCGUGAUGAUAUAAUUAUGGAGCGUUUUAUACAAGGCCUAAGAGGUAACAUAAGGGAGAACGUGUUAAGGAGAGCCCCAAAAACGUUGGAAGAAGCUUUCGACAUCGCUGAACGCGAAGAGAAUAUAGAGAAGUAUAGUGAUAGUCGUUUUGAACACAAGGGAGUGAAUAUGGGAGUCAAGGAGGAAGUUGACGAGAUGAGAGGGAAAUGUGAAGGUAUAGAAACUCAAAAGGAUAAGAUAGGUGAAAGGAUGUCAGGAUUAGAGAAGAAACUUGAUACACUAGUUGAGGCAGUUAGUAUGCUGUUGAAUAAAGAGGAUAAGGCAAGAAGGGUUACUGAUAGGAAAUGUUACACGUGUGGUGAGGAAGGCCAUUUCGCGCGGAAUUGCCCAGAUCAUAGGGAUAGACCGUUAAACUAAAAGAGGAGCGUCAAACGGGCCAGCAUGAGGCUCCUUGCAUUAAAAUAAGACUGGCUAAUGAGGUAUAUUUGUCACCCAAGGGACUCCCAAUUGUUGAGGGAAUGAUCAAUGGAUAAAAUUGUGCUUCCUCAUUGACACGGGCGGUGAAAAGUCGAUAAUGAAUUUAGCAGCCAUCACUUGCAUACCAAAAAGGAGCGUGGUUAGGGCAACUAUCGAAGGUGAAAUGUUAGGAAUAAGGGGGAUAACGGGUGAAGUGACAGAAUGUGAAAGAACCAUACAUGCGGAAAUUGAUUAUGAUAACCAAUCGAACAAAGUGACGGUCGCAUGUAUGAAACUGCCUAGACAUGUAGAUUAUGAUGGGGUACUGGGAAUGGAUAUUGUGCGCAAGGUAUACAAAAUCAUCGAGAAGGUCAGGAUUGCUGUACAAGGUACUGUUACAAACCAUGAAAGACUCAUGAGUCCGUAUGACGAUUUUAGUAAUGUUAAACACUUGGCAAUUCAAGGGCUAGACGGUUUGUCGAUUGAGGAAAAAGAUCGCGUGUAUAAUAUAUUUAGGAAACAUCCCAACUGCUUUGCUGAAUCGAUAGAAGAGUUGACAGGUAUGAUAGGUGAAACGCAUAAACCCGUUAUAGAUCAAACCAGACCGAUAAGUACACGUCAGUAUAGGAUCCCUGAGUGUUACUUAAAAGGGUUAAGGUCGCUAAUCAAUGAUUAUUUAAAGGCAG